AUGGCACGGUGGCCAAGACCUCCUUCGCCACCCGUGCCAGCUUGCAGUGCUCGGCGUUGGCUUGCCGAGGGUGUUGCAGAGGGGGAGAAAGCGGAGCAGAGGAGGGCAGAAGGGAAGAGGCAGACCGGAGGGGAAGGGAUGGAGCAGGGCAGAGCACGGCGACGGCGGCAGCCUCGACGCUCGGCUUCAGUGGUGCUUCGACGCGGUGGAGGUGCUCCAGCUGCACCGGUGCCGGAUCCGCCGCUAGCCACCGAGAUCCACAGGAGGAAAAGGAAGAGAGGGCGCUGCUCCUGCAAGGUCACCGGAUCCUCCCUGCACCGUCGGGAUCCGGCUCGCCGCCUCCUAGAGGACCUCGGCCAGGCCGGAUCUGAGGGAGAAGAGUGUUGCCACCGGAUCUGA